AUGACCGCUUCACAGCUCGAGCCUGUCCGGGUUCACCCCCGUCGUCGUCCCGUCUUAAACUCUACUCUUCCCACGCUGGCCAUCGAGCCACAGGACACCUCGUCUAAGAUGUCCGAGCGUGAUCCGGUUUUGAACAUUCGUUCUCUGCCUCGUCGCUCGCCUACGUCGCUUGACGGCAUUGCAGCCAGUGAGCAGCGCAUGGCUUCGAUCCUGGAGCGUCUGACCCUAGAAGACCGCGACGACGGUUCAAAUACCAGCCAGGAAGGCGACGUCUUCAAGAAGACUGAGCAACCUGUGCACUCCCAUGAAUCUGACAGCGGCCUGGGCUCAUCUGUUAGUAGCUCUGAAUCCAUUGACGGCGAAGUGAAUGCCGAUGUUGAUGCCCCCCAAUCGGCCAUCACCGGCCCCACGCCCUCAAUCAAGGAGUCCUCACGGCCGCAACUUGGGCUUGCUGCCUGUAAACAAAUUGAGCGCUUCGUAUUGGUGCCAAUUUUGAAGGAAGCUAAACUGAAGCCCUUCCAUCCUUUGGUGAAGAGUGUUCCGGCUCGGAUCGUGAACAAGCAAAUCACGUGCCUCAGGGACCUCGAAAAGACCCUUUUGUGGCUCGCUCCGAAGUUUUCCACCUUACGAACGGCCUAUCUCAACUUCGCCGAAUUUACGAUCCAGUGUCUCCAUACUUCAGCUUCUCAUUUGAACGACCGCGAUCAACGACUGCCCACCGAUCGGCCUUACACUAACGGCUACUUCCUUGAUCUUGUGUCGCAGGUUCGACGCUACGCUGCCUUGAUCCGGGCCAAUCGCGACCGGAUUGAAGCAGCCCAGGCCCAGGAGGCCCAGGAAACCCAAGACUCGAACUCGGAGAAGAAGAAGGAGUCUACUUUUGUUCCAACUGCUACUCUGGAAGGCGGAAUGUCUCAAAACGGGAAACCCGCCGAGCUUGUCGUCGUCCAGGAGGAUGGCAAGACCAUUUCGCUGGCGACCGGUCUUCCAUACGACAUGAACACCCCUGCUACCUUCAAGCGCGCCGUCAGCUUCGAUGAGAUGGCCGAUGAGGGUGUCCAGCGGUCAAUGGCACGACGAAAGAAGAAUGCUCCUCCCAUGGACAUCAACCAGAAAUGCAACCAUUGUGAUAAGGUCUUCAAGCGUCCUUGCGAUUUGACAAAGCAUGAGAAGACCCACUCGCGCCCUUGGAAGUGCAGUGAAUCUACCUGCAAGUAUUACGAAGUCGGCUGGCCGACUGAGAAGGAGCGUGACCGCCAUGUCAACGACAAGCACUCGGACACCCCGAGCCUCUACAAGUGCCACUUCCAGCCUUGCACCUACGCCUCGAAGCGCGAGAGUAACUGCAAGCAGCACAUGGAGAAGGCACACGGGUGGGUCUACGUUCGCUCCAAGAACAAUGCUCGAGGCGGCAGCACCGGCAAGCGUGGCUCGUCCAUCCAGGCCACCCCCGGAACUCCCAGUGUCUCUACACCUACAUCUCGUUCUGCGGACUACUCCACUCCCUUCUCGGCACCCAGCGCAUCGCCCCAGGAACCUCCCAUGUUCCAGGACAACGUUCCCUUCAACUUCAACGACCCUCCUGCGCCGGUUCGCAGUGAUGACUUCCCCCCUCUCUUCGAGAACUCUCCGUAUCAGACCUCAUCGGUUGGCAUGGGCAACGACUUCACUUUCCCAACCUCGAUGAACCUCGAUGCUUUCCAGUCUCAGUUUGAGUCGGGAGACCCCGAAGGUCUUAUUCCUGCCCUUGAGAUGCACCGCCAGUCGAUGAACUCCAUGUCCAUCCCCUCGGCCGAUUCGGUUCCCGACCUCAUGAGACCCUCCAUGUCCUUCGAUGGCUCUCCUAUGGCUACCACCGACAACAGCGUCACCUUCGAUCUGGACUGGAGCCGGCUGGAUUACAACAACAUGCAGGAGGACUGCACGGCUCUGAACAUGCAGCUUCCUACCCCUGCCAGCUCUGACAACAGCGGUCUCAAGCCCUAUGUCGACAACUCUAUGUCCGCCAGUGCCAACUUCGUGGGCUAUGACGCCCCCGGCAAGGUGUCUGGGCUUUCCCCUAAUGCCCAGGGCAACCUGAUGCUGUACUCUCCGGGAUCUGGUCAGGCCGAUGAUCAAUAUGAUUAUCAAUACCAGACCCCCGCGGGCAACGACUUUACUCUCUACGACCAGUCACACCGCAUGAGUAUGAAUGCUCCUUCCCAUGUGGUCUCGCCUAUGGCCCAGCAGGCAUCUGCUGGUCAAUACGCUCAGCAGCCUCAGCAGCCUCAGCAAAACCAGCCCAUGUUCCCCCCUCUCCCUGACCGAGACUCCGCUCUUCAGGACAUCCAGUUGUGGGCAGAACAGUCUCAGCAAGGCACCAACUACGACCCCUACAUGGGGCCCAACGGAGAGUACGAAUACAUGAAAUAG